CCCACGAUGCCAGAUCCAUGGUUCUUCCACCGCGUCCAUGAAGGCGUGCGCGAAGUGUUUGAGCAGCGCCUUCUCACAGACGUGACGCUGUGCGUGGGCUCGAAGCGCAUCCGAGCCCACCGCCUUGUCCUCGCCCUCCACAGCCCGUACUUCCGCGCCAUGUUUACGAUCGGAAUGAAGGAAUGCCACACGAAUGAAGUCCACGUCGACAUGGUUGACACCCAAGCGAUGGAUUCGAUUCUCGAGUACAUGUACUCGGGUCGCGACGUCACUCUGGACGGAGGCAACAUGUGGCCUCUCUUGGCUGCGUGCGACCUCUUUGACAUGGAUGUUCUUGUGGACGCGUGCUGCGCCAAGAUGGCGUUGGAGCUGCGACUGGACAACUGCGUCAACAUCUUGGCCUGUUGUGACGCGUUCCAAGGGCGGGAAACGUGUGCGAUUCUAUGCAGUGUGGCGUCGACGUUCGUGACCACAUACUUCCAUGCCAUUUACAUGACGGAAUCGUUCCAAAACCUUCCCGUGGCGCUCUUGCAAUCGAUUCUUACCAGCCCGAUGCUGUGUGUCCACGACGAGCUCGACGUUGUCACUGCGCUGCUACAUUGGGUCGAGUUCGACUCCGCCAAUCGACAAGGUCAUCUGAAGCCGCUGUUGAAUUCCUGUGUGCACCCUAAUGCUCUCAACUUCUCAGCACCCGCAUGGUCACACCUCUCUGCUCGCUUACGCUGCCACAGCAUCCAUCAGUGGCCAUCCGUUCGAAAGCCAACCCGAGGCUUAUCCAUUGACGCGCGCCCCGACACGACGAGGUUGUCCACGAUCCCGGUUAUCGUAGCUCUCGGUGGUGUAGCUGGACGGUCGAUCUCCCGCUCCACCGAGUACUUGGACGCCAUCUCGAAUUCGUGGAAGUCUUUUGUGCCUAUGCAAUGCCGGCGCGCUCACUUCAGCGCCGUCGCCAUCGGCAACCAACUUUACGUCCUCGGGGGAUACACCACCCGUCGCGCUGUGGAUCCUGAUGCAUCCAUGCAAACGCACUUGAACUCAAUGGACGUGCUGCACCUUGGAACGCGGCAGUGGUCCAAGGCGCCGCCAAUGGCUCACGCCCGCAGCUACCUCGGAGCAGUCCACGUCGACGGCUACCUCUACGCCAUCGGUGGGUUCGACGGCCGGCGCCACUUCGCAUGCACCGAGCUAUUCAGUGUGGCCACUCGUACGUGGAAACAUGGGCCUCCAAUGCACCAUAACCGCAGUGGGCUCGCUAUCGCCGCCGUCCAUGGUCGAGGCAAGAUUGUAACCUGCGGUGGGUUCGACGGCGCGCGCCACCUUCGAUCUGUUGAAGUGUUGGACACUGCGACGAACCAGUGGUCACUCGUGGCCUCCAUGCAUUCCAUUCGCAACGGCGGCGCCGCUGUCGCUCUCGCGUCAGGCUACAUUUAUGUAUUUGGUGGCGAAGUUGCCCACGGCAGCCGCAUCACGACGGGAGAGAUGUACCAUGUUCCGUCCAACGUAUGGGCACCGAGCGCGCCACUUCCUGCAGGAGUCAGCGGCCAUGGCGCGGCGCUGUGGCAGCAUCAGUAUGUCUACUCUAUCGGCGGCUCCACUGACACCGAAGACGCUGGGGCGACCCAAGUCGACUGCGUCCAGCGGUUUGACGGGGUGACGCACAAGUGGACGCCCCUGCCAUGGCUACAUCUCAAUCGCCCCCGAACAGGGCAUGCUGUGGUAACAAUCGAGGUCGACCCGCGCUGGUUCAUGCAGCGUAAUGUAGAGAAAAUGAUGUAG